CAGUGGUGGGAAGAACUUGUGGUGCAGUGUUUAGCUUUAGUAGUGGUGCAUGGAAACGUUUAUGUCAACGCAGCUAGCCAGUUUGGUUGAUGUUGAAUAUAAACCGAUUACUUUCGAUUCGUAAUAGGCAACAUAAAUGUACUAGUGCACGUUUCUGCUCAGCCGAUCCGUCCUAGACCAUCCAAUAGGCGGAUUUAUGCUUGCGCACCGUAGCCGGUCAGUCGGCUAUACCGUUGGGUCAACAAAGUUAUGCAUGCUAGUUAGCUCCCUGGGCUAACUUGAAAAUAUUGUAGCUUUUGAAGCGUACAAUUCACGUUACAUUGACCUAACGUUACUGUUUCAGCGUCAGAAAAGUUACAAUAGUGCGAAUAAACUUAUCAUUGAUUGACUGCCAGGCGUAACGAAAGAGUGCGCAAAGCACUCUACGAGCCGAAUGUAAACAAUGGCAGUUGCAUAAUGUCUGUAAUUUAGUUGGUUAAUCUUUUAAUCUAAAGAAGACGACGUGUUUUCCAUGUUGGUGCCCUACUAACUAAGGUCUGACUAUAAACAGGAGCCUACUGAAUGUGUUCGGUGAUGUUCUCUUACAGAUGCGUACUGAAUGAAGUCAAGAGAAGACGUGCAGGUCCACGGGAUACGUGCUGACAUGUCUCUUAUCUUUUCGAGCUUUUCAUGACCCGUAUCAGGGGAAAGCCAUCUGAAAGGGACAUCAGUUCUCUCACGUACACUCUGUCCCGUUGACUGAAGACGUCUCAGAAGACUGUGAAGCGUAUUCCUCUGGGUAGCAUAAAUAUUUGACGAGAAGUCCUUUUGUUAACCCCGAAAGGUCCUUUGUCGUCCACGGGAAAAUGUCCCGACAGAACUCCCUUAUGGCCGCUAUGGCCACGGUGCUUGGAGCAACACUGGGAGGCCUAGUUCUGUGGCGGAGCUUCCUCACACAGAGGAAGAGGCUGACACAGGGCCCGUCUCCAUCUGCUGCUUUGGAAACCCAACAAACGCAACCACUACAAGAGAAGAAGCUCCAGCAGCAGCCACAGAAACAAAAGCAGACGCAAGAAUCCCCCCAGUGUCCCGCAGCCGCGGAACCCGACCCGGCCCAGGUGGUGCCCGAGGGCCUGCAGCUUCCCCCGCCUCCUCCGCCCUCACCCCCGCCCGCAUCGCUCGCCUCUCCGAGAUCUCUUCUGGACGUGACGCCGGCGGUGGUGAGCUCUGCGGAGGAGUGGGAGGCCCUGUGGCCCUCGCUGCAGCAGGACCUGCUGGUCUACCCCGUGCUGGGGCUGGACUGUGAAUGGGUAAAGGGCAUGCGUGUGUCGGUGAAGGGCAAGCCCUCGACCGUCUCGCUGCUGCAGAUGGCCACCUACACGGGCCAGUGCGCUCUGGUGCGGCUGCAGCUCUUUCAGGACGCCCUCCUGCCCUCGACGCUGGUGGAGGUCCUGAGUGACCUGCACGUGCUGAAGGUCGGCGUGGGCUGCUUCGAGGACGGCAAGCGCCUGGCCCACGACCACGGCCUGGUGCUGCGAUGCACUGUGGACCUGCGCUUCUUGGCCCAGAGACAGAGGCAUGUAGCACUAACGAAUGGCCUGAGCCUCAAGUCGCUCGCCUCAGACCUGCUGGACGUCACCCUGGACAAAUCCCUGGACCUGCGCUGCAGCGACUGGGAAGCGGAUCAGCUGAGUCCAGAGCAGGUGAGCUAUGCAGCGCGUGAUGCGCAGGUAUCAGCGGCCCUGUUCUUCCACCUGCUCAGCUCCCCCACCGGCCCCACCAAGAGCCCGGCGGAGCCCAGCCCGGCCCCUCCCGAGGGGGGCAGCAGCAGCGCCUACUCUCGCCUGGCCUCCAGGUGCCAGGGGCUGCUGGACGUGCCGUUCCGCGGGCGCCACACGCUGGGCAGCGUGGACGGAGAGCGCAGGAGGACCAGCAGCAGCAAGAAGCUGUCCGUGGACAGCCCCGAGUCAGGGGACCAGCGCGUGCCCGACCCCCGCAAGAACAAGAGGAAACCGCUGGGGGUGGGAUACUCCGCUAGGAAGUCCCCUCUGUAUGACAACUGCUUCCUCCACGCCCCUGAUGGCCAGCCUCUGUGCACAUGUGACAAGAAGAAGGCCAAGUGGUACCUGGACAAAGGCAUUGGAGAGCUGCAGAGUGAGGACCCGUUCAUCGUGCGUCUGCUGUUUGAGCCGUCUGGACGUCCAGAGACUCAGCAGGACUAUUACCUCACGGCCAAACAGAACCUCUGUGUUGUGUGCGGCAAAGCAGACUCUUACAUCAGGAAGAACAUCGUUCCGCACGAGUACCGGCGCUACUUCCCGGCGGAGAUGAAGGACCACAACUGCCACGACAUCCUGCUGCUGUGCACGGCGUGCCACGCGGCGUCCUGCACCCACGACGGGCAGCUGAAGCAGCGGCUGGCGCAGGAGCACGGCGCGCCGCAGGGCUGCGAGGAGGGAGUGCGCCUCCUGGAGGACGCCGAGCGCCGGCGCGUGCGCUCCGCCGCCCGGGCCCUACUCACGGCCCGCGACGGCCUCCCGCAGGCCCGCCGCACCGAGCUGCUGCUCCUCAUCGCCGCCUACAUGCAGCAGGACGCCGAGCUGACCGCCGAGCAGCCCGCCAACGACUACGAGGUCACGCAGGACAUGCUGCAGAAGGCUGCCGGACUGGAGACCAGGAUCUUUAACGAGGGCUACGUGCCCCACGGUCUGAAGGUGGUGGGUGCGUACGCCAAGAGCGGCCUGCGCGGACUGAUGGAUCUGGAGCGCCUGUGGCGACAGCACUUCCUGUCCAGCAUGCGACCGCGCUUCCUGCCGCCGCUCUGGUCGGUCAGCCACAACCACGACAAGUACCUGCGCAAGUACGGCGAGGACCUGGUCAUCGAGCUGAGCACGGCGCCCGGCUCCCCCCAGCCCUCCUCGCCGCCCUCCACCCCGCCCGAGGCUCAGUGACCGCCCUGCGACCCCCCCACCCUCUCCUCACGCCCCGCGCGCGUGUGUGAGGCGUUCCUGUCGUCUCGCCCUGGUUGUUUUCCUCUCCCUCGCACGUCGGUCCGCGGCGGAGGAAUCCCGCCCUCUGCUGGUGCCGCCUCGCGUGAGCACCAGACUCGAGGGAGCGCGAGAGAUGGACUCGGACACAAAAAAAAAAAGACGCUAAAAUGGGACUCUUUAAUAGGAGAGAGCUAAUGGACCUCCGAUCAGAGAGACUGGAGGCUGGAUGUGUUUACAGAGCACAAGUCGGAGGGCAGUAACCGGAGAAAAUGUUUGGUGUUGCUUAUAUACAUAUAUAUCAUUCUUUUGAGCUAUAUAUGAGGAAAAAUCCACCUAUCAUUGUAAGUCAAGUAAGUUAUUUUAAAAAGCCAUAAGCCUGCUCUUAAAUAUAUUAUUUAACUUAAAUUAUUAAUUCCCUGCAGGCUUAUGGCCCUAAACAUUUAUAUACCUUAAACAAACAAAAAAAAAAAAACACAUGAAUUGCACGAGAACUGCGCCACGGCUCCAUAGAAUCCCAUCUUUUGGUUUUUCUCUGAAGCUAUAACGUGAAGAGGAAGUGCAGAAUGAGCUCAUCGGUUUAUGUUGAUUGUUUUGUAUCUUGCAUCGAGUCCUGACAUGAGAUUUUGUAGAGCUUUUUUUCUGGACAUGACAUGGUCUGACCUCUGAAUGGAUAAUAAUAGGUCAUGAUGAGGUUUUACCUUUUUUGACCUGGCUGUUGUUUCCCCAUGCACACCCUCUCUCAAGCAAGGACACCUCCUAACACGACCUCGUGUGACUAUUCCCCUUGCUUGAGCGCAGGGUGCAACAAGAGCUGUGGAUGGGGCCAGCAUUACACUACUGCAUCAGUAUUUGUACUAUCCCCCAUGCCCCCUUCCCCUCAUAGAAUUUUGAACUUUUGGAAGUGGUGCCAAUCGUUUGAGUGAUUGUGUGUGUGAUUGUGUGAUAGUGUGUGUGUGUGCGUGUGUGAGUGAUUGUGAUUGUGUGUGUGAGUGUGUGUGUGUGUGUGUGUGAGUUAGUGCUGAGAGUGCAGCUUGAUCAGUUGGAUUGGUGAUGGUGUGAGAUCGGAGAGGUUGGGCAGUCCCACUGUGCUCUGCUCACCUCUCUGCUGUCUUAAGGAACCUGCAGCUUUUUGCUUUUAUUUACAUUCAUCCAGAUGUAACCCCCUAGAAAGCUGUGCUGUUUCUGAGGCUGUGCUGCACAUCAAACUGAAAUAAAUCACAUUUGUAUACUUGGCAA